AAGAGCAAGCCCCGAGGAGGGGGCCAAAGAGAGUUGCUGGUCAAGGGGAGGAGAAGCCGAAAAUUGACCAAGAGGAGAAGGAAAGAGCACCAGUUUCCUCUCCUCUGGGGUCUUGUGGCUCUUUACUGGACGGAGAAGGAAGAGAGGAGAAGGAAAGAGCGCUACUUUCCUCUCCUGUGGGGUCCUGUGGCUCUUUGCUGGACGGCGGAGGCUUGAGUUUGGGUUCUUCUCUCAGCCAAGCUGGCGCAUCUCCUCUCCUCGCCGGCCAUGUACGGCAUGCUGGACGGCGAGCUCAAAGGCCCUCAAAGCAACCCUUCCAGUAACAACAACGGGAAAGGAGGAGGAGGAGGAGGAGGGAAUGGCACCUCGACGGUGGAUCAGGACCGCGUCAAGCGCCCCAUGAACGCCUUCAUGGUGUGGUCUCGAGGGCAACGUCGCAAGAUGGCCCAGGAGAACCCCAAGAUGCACAACUCGGAGAUCUCCAAGCGCCUGGGCGCGGACUGGAAGCUGCUCAGCGACGCCGAGAAGCGGCCCUUCAUCGACGAGGCCAAGCGGCUCCGCGCCGUCCACAUGAAGGAGUACCCGGAUUAUAAGUACCGCCCCCGUCGGAAGACGAAGACGCUGCUCAAGAAGGACAAGUACUCGCUGCCGGGGAACCUCUUGGCCCCUUCCGGAGCCGGACUCGGAGGAGGAGGAGGACUCGGAGGCGGCGGAGGGAACGGGGUGAGUAGCCCCGUCGGGCAGCGCUUGGACUCCUACGCCCACUUGAAUGGCUGGCCCAACGGCGCCUACGCCUCCUUGAUGCCCGACCAACUCGGAGGCUACAGCCAACACCCGGCUAUGAGCAAUGCCCAGCUCCAGCCCAUGCACCGCUACGACGUCGCGGGGCUCCAGUACAGCCCCAUCAUGUCCAGCGCCCAGCCCUACAUGAGCGCCGCCGCCUCCACAUACAGCAUGGCCGCCGCUUAUCAACCCACGGGGUUGGGGGCGCUCGUUAAAGCCGAGCCCAGCUCGCCACCCCCGGCUGUGGCCUCCCACUCCCAACGGGCCUGCCUCGGAGAUCUCCGGGAUAUGAUAAGUAUGUAUCUUCCCCCUGGAGGAGGAGGAGGCGGCGGAGGAGGAGGAGGAGGUGGCGACGCGGCGGACCCGACGGCAGCGCUCCAAAGCAGCCGGCUCCACGGCGUCCACCAGCACUACCCCGGCGCCGGAGCCUCCGUCAACGGGACCGUGCCCCUGACUCAUAUCUAGCGCCCAGACUCUCUCCCAGGCUCCCUUCCACGCGCGGGGACUUCUCCAAGGCGCAACUCCGGCUUCUCCAACGUAACUUGGGCAUUGCUUUGAUUAGGGAGGGGGGAGGAGAAGGGAGGGGGACCCUCUUUCUCCCUCGAGCCGUCUCCUGGAACUGCUUCCCCGUCGAAAGGCAGCCAGGCUCUCCAAAACUCCCUUUUUACGCACGGAGGAGACAUCUCCAAGGCGCACCAUCGGGCUCUCCAAAACUCCCUUUUUACGCACAGAGGAGACCUCUC